AUGACCAACUGGGCAGACGACAUCAUCGAGGAAGAGGACGAUGGCGAGGAACUGCCCAGUGACGGGGACGUUCUGGGCGAGGUUACCGGCCGCGCGCGGAGAAGGCCCAGCGUCAUUCAGGAUGCAAUCCCAGAGGAGGAGCAGUGGGAGGCUAACGAGGAGGUCCUGGAGGCACAGAAGCUUCACUCGGACUGGGUCAAUGACAUCCUCCUGUGUAACAUGAACCAGACCUUGGUUUCCGCAUCCUCCGAUGGCACUGUGCGUGCCUGGAAUCCGCAUGCAACCGACAACACCGAGCCCACGACAAUAGGUAUGCACGAAGACUAUGUCCGAUGUUUGGCACAGAGCCGUGUGCAACAUUGGGUUGCGUCUGGCUCCUUCGACCGUACCAUCAAGCUCUGGGACCUAGGCAGCGAGAGCUCUCCGACAUCUCCUCUGGUUACUCUAUCCGCUCCCGAGUCGUCUGGCCCGAAGGCGUCCAUAUAUGCGAUGACUACAGACUCCUACGGCUCCAUAAUCGCGUCGGGGUCCCCAGAACGCGUUAUCCGGAUGUGGGACCCGCGUUCGGGCAAACGUGUCGGAAAGUUGGUCGGGCAUACAGAUAACAUACGAGCCAUGCUGCUCUCAGAGGAUGCGAAAUAUCUUCUCACAGGAUCCGCAGACGCUUCCGUCAAACUCUGGUCCUUGUCAUCUCAGCGAUGUCUGCAUACAUUCACACACCACACAGAGUCGGUUUGGUCCCUCUUCUCGCAACACCCGUCGCUGGAGAUAUUCUACUCUGGCGACCGCUCGGGCCUCGUCUGCAAAGUGGAUGUCGAAGGCUGCACCGACGUGUCCGAAGGUGAAUGUGUUGUCGUUUGUCAGGACACGAGCGACCGCACCUAUGGCGGUAACGCGCCCGAGGGUGUGAACAGUAUCGUGGCGAUGGACGAUAGCUUCCUCUGGACAGCAUCCGGCAGUUCUAGCUUCCACCGCUGGAAGGUUCCACCACGGAGAGCAGUCAGGGCCGCUGCGCUCAGUUCCCAGAAGAGCCACCGAACAUCCCUCUCGCCCUCCCUCUCACCUUCCCUCUCACCCUCUCUCCUGUCCGCAAACUCGGCUGCCCCACAGGAGCUCGACCCGUAUGGCGAGCGCGAAGGUGAAGAGACGUGGUACGGGAUCCCGUUCGAGAGCCUGGUGAAGCUCACGUCGCCGCACGACGCCUUCGCGGGCUUCAACACGCACGGGUCGUUCGCGCGGAACCACGACCCAGAGAUCGCGACGCUCUACUCCGCGGCGUCGAUCAUGAGCAUGCCCCGCCUCUCACGGCCGUUGCCCACCGCGCUGGCCAGUGCGAUACAUCAGCGCAGCAACAGCCCCUUCCUCAGCUCCCGCACACGCCUUGAGGACGCGCAAACACUACAUCCGGGCACGCGUGCACACGCAGCUUUCGAGGAGCGUGAGGUGGCCGCGGACGCCGUUCCGUACAACCACGAGCCCAACGAGGUCGUCCAGGGCGAGCACGGGCUCGUGCGUUGCGCGAUGCUGAAUGACCGCUUGCACGUGCUGACGGUAGAUACUGCGGGGGAGGUCGCGGUGUGGGACGUGAUUCGUGGGGUGUGCAGGGGCCGUUUCAUGAGCGAGGACGUCGCGGCGGCGAGCGUGGGUAGUAGUGCUGCGAGCGUGAGUGUGGAUGGGGACUCGGCGAGAGAAAGGAGUCCGAGGGAGGCGCUGGAGACGGUGAGGGAGAGGAUCGAGGGCGAGGCGGUCGUGCAGUCGUGGGCGACCACGGACACUAAGACGGGUGUGCUCACUGUGCAUUUGAAUGAGCGAUGUUUCGAGGCGGAGAUAUAUGCCGAUGAAGCAGGGUACACUCCCGACAGACGAUACGGAGAGGAGCAGAGGCUGAAUGUUGGCAAAUGGGUGUUGCGGAAUCUCUUUGCUGGAUUCAUACGAGAAGAACAGCGAGCGCACUCGCGUCGAAGCCGUGAGGCUGAGAACGCCAGUCGACUACAUCGUGGCACGGCACCGACUCAUAUCGAUAUCAAUGGUGGCUCCCCAGAGAGGCGGCGUCGAUCAAUAUCGGACGCCUCGCGAAAAUCCCAUGCGACAAUACAUAGUCCCAGAAGUACGAGUAUCGUUUCCUCGCCGAACAUGGUACCUGCCAUGUCACCAGCAAUCUCUGCGGCGCCGCGCACGCCGCUUCUGACCCCUCUGAUCCCGAUCAACACCAACCUGCGAGAUUGCUCUACGCUAUCGCCAAUCCCCCAGUCGCCCUCCGAUGCUACUCCCAUGCCUAUGCCCCCACGCUCACAUACCCUCGACAGCUCGACUAACUCCCCUUCUAGCGCAGACUACUUCUCGCUACGCACCCGCCGCGGAUCUCUGUCUACUGUAGGCACGACAACACCAGCGGACGAAGUCUCACCUUGGGGAAAGGAUACGGCUUUGCAGACUCCGACUACUCCCAGUGCGGGAGGCUUGAUGGGCCGUCUCAAGGCGUUUGGCAAAAGUACGAAGCGACAGGCCAGUGAAGUUGGAACAUCAACCCCUGGGGGUACGCUCAAAGGAACAAACUCCGUGACCACGCACGGGGCUGCGCCCAAGUCUCCUGCGCAAGUAUUGCUCUCGGGGCCCAUCAACCCCCCUCCUACGAGUGAUGCCCCGCCGCUCCCCAUCUCACCGCAAACAUCACUCAUCAUCUCAGAAGAAGCUGUGUCUGGAUGGACGACUAUCUACCGAGGACAAGUUGCCAGCGCUGCAAGUGAUACUCGUACUCUGGAGGAAAUCAUGCCGUUCUGGCUACUCGAGUAUUUACUCGCCAACAGGGCGCCAUCAGUCCCCGUGACGAAGAUCAGCUUUGUCCUCCUGCCUUUCCCUUCCAAAGAUCCUCGCGAGAUGUUGCCAGAGCUUCUCAAUACAGCCCAAUCGAAGCUGACGGCGAGCCGCUUCCUGCGUGUUCGGAAGCUCACGAACCAUGUACAAGACAAGCUCGACAAAAUGGCUGGCUCCCAUGGUCCGACAUCCCCUAGCACACCGCGUUCGUCCUUCGACACUCGUUCAUCCGCUAGCAGGCACCGUGAAGAGCACCGGACCCGUGCGGAGGAAUUGUACGAGAUUGUCUGCAACGACGUCGUCCUGCCGCUGGACAUGACCUUAGCUGCCGUGCGCCAGUUCGUGUGGCGACAGGCUGGCGAGCUCAGCAUGUACUACCGACGGAAGGCCAUCCAUCCGGGCCAUUCCCAUCAUUAA